AUGGGUCUAAAUGCAUCAACUCUUCAGCAUGUGUCUUUGGAGGGUGAGACCCGGACUGAAUGGAGUCCUGAUCACCUCCUGCAACCUCUAGCAGUGGGGGAAGUAGAGCUAAAAUGGGAGAAAGAGCCAGGAACCCAGAUUGCUGUAACAAUAAAAGCGGAAGAAGAGACUGAUCUUGUACACAUUCAGAAAAUUGGGGAAGCAGAGGAGGAGCAAGGAGAAAGCAAUGAGGGAAAGCAAGGCCAUGAGAAAGGACAGGGUGUAAGAGUGGGUGAGGAAGAGAAUCAGGGUGUAGAUCAAUCCGUAGACACUCCCCUUGCUAUCCUCUCUCUUUCUCAGUAUUUCUCAUCCACCAUCAUUCCAUCUCUGAUCACCACACAAGGUCCUGCAGACAUUACACGGAUUAAUCCUGGAAAGGACGCAUCUGUGCUAACGACCAAUGAAAACAGCACACAUGAGAAUUCUUCACUGGCUCAGAUUGAGAGUUCCGAAGAGAAUGUGGAUGCUGCUCCCACGGCAAUGGCGGCCAGGGCUGGCCCUACUGCCAUGAGCUUACCCAGCACCUUCAAGCCCAACCCAAAGACUAAACUUCCAAAAAUCAAAGAAAAACAGAUAUUGAAAACAAAGAAAAACAAGCUUCAAACUAAGGAGAAAAAGGUGAAGGAGAAGAGCACCAAACCUCUGAUAAAUGCAAAGCAGGUGAAAAAAUUAAAACAGGAGAAAGAUCAGCUGACAACUGCCCCACACUUUCCAUAUUUUGAAGAUCACUACUGCCCACCAGACUGCGCUUGUUACGGGAGGUUGGUGCAAUGUUCAGACAAAGGAUUCGAAAAGGUUCCCUAUGGUAUUCCAUACAAUUCCCGCUACAUCCUUCUUAUGAACAACCGCAUCGAGAGCAUUCCGCUGAACCUGCUUUCAGAGUACCUUUCUUUGGAGUUCCUGGUACUGAGCAACAACCGUCUGGUAGACCGUUCCAUCCAAGGUGCCUUCGAAGGCAUCCAGGCACUAAAGAGGCUGUAUUUGGACCGGAACCUACUCCAGAGUGUCCCUACUGACCUUCCAGCCUCGCUGGAGGAGCUCCGUCUGGAUGGGAACAAAUUGAAAGUGAUGUCCGAGGUGGUCUGGUUUCGCUGCCCCGGCCUGCUCAUUCUCAGCUUGAGCAACAACAGUUUAGAACGUAUCUCAUCGUCGUUCCCUGAUGGAGUUUUGUCUCCACUAAGCAGCCUUCGCACUCUCAGCCUCUCCCACAACCGUCUUACCUCUGUCCCCUUGCAGCUCCCACUUACCCUUCAAGAGCUUUACCUCCGUGGUAACCUCAUCCAACGUUUCCAGCCAGGAAUUUUUCAGGGCAAAGUACAGCUUCAAGUGCUGGACCUCAGCGCCAACAGGCUGACCAACAAAGGUUUGGGCAAGGAUGCACUCAUCAAUGUCACCCACUUGGAAAGUCUCAACCUAGAAGGGAACUUCUUGAACCAAGUCCCUCGUCACCUUCCACACUCCCUAAAGACCCUUAACUUAGAGGGGAACUCCAUCUCGAGCAUCAGCAAGGCCACGUUUCUCUCACUUCCACACCUGGAGCACCUUGGCCUGGCCCGCAACAAGAUCUCCAAGGUGGUGCCUGGAGCAUUUCGGAUGCUUCCUUUGUUGCACCAGCUGGAUCUUAGCCACAACGUGCUUCAGCAGGUCCCACGUCAGCUUCCGGCUUGGCUCGUUUAUAUUGCGCUCAACCAUAACAAGAUUCAGAUGAUUCCACGUGAUGCAUUCUGUUCAUUCAAAAACUCAGAAGCAGCCAGAAGUCGUCUGGUUAAGGUGCAGCUUGAGCACAACUUGGUAGACUUGGGCAGCCUGGACAGCAUGGCUUUCAGCUGCCUAAGGGGCUAUCAGGUGGUGCACUUUUCCUGAAGCUGCACUCCAUAGAAACAAAGGUACAAACUGAUAUAAAGCAAAAAACUAACAUAGGCAGCUUGAACUCAAAGGUUCAAGUAGGAAAGGCUGCUAAAAUACCGUAAAUGUACCAAUUUGCUUCUUUCAAUACUGAUUCGGUCUUAACCAAAUGGAUUCAGAAGUACAGGUGACAGUAUUCCUUGGGUACCCCCUAACGAUGACACAAAAAGCUGCAGCAAGGAGACAAAUUCUUUCUUUCAAUUCUGUUAUUAACAUACUUUUGUCGACCUGGCUUCAGUACUACCAAUUGGACGGUUAUCUCAAGAGCUGUUUUAUUGGUGUAUUAGCUCAAGUAAAAUUUAUCAGACGGACCCUUGGAGGGAUACGGUAUCAAGUCAACAUACUGUAAAUGUAGGCUUUUGGAAAACAAAGCUGUUUAUAACGGUACACCAGAGAACUAAAAAGUUGACAAGGGCAUCUUAAAGGCAGUAAUGAAACCGGGCUUGACAAAUGGAUAUUACCACCUACAUCAUCUAACUCAAGAUCCUUUGCUUGAACAAGAAGAAAACGAGUACACAAAUAUGGAUAAAUGUUUACUUUUCAACCUAUAUGUAGGUGUGACACGUUGACUUUCUUUUAAUGUUAUGUAAUUACAUUACAUUAUGUUUCUAUAAAAGUAACUUCUUUCUCAGUCUGUCCUUCUAUGAACGAUCCAGUGUUCAGAAACGAUCAAAUACAGCAAAUCUGUUUCUCAUGAUCAGUACUGGAAAUAUCUGAUCAAAUUGCUUUCUUUUUUUUUUUUCUUUCCUGGAUGGAAAACAUGCUUGGUAUUACAGCAAUCAUCAGUUCAGGGUAUCAAAGUGUGUGUGUGUGUGUGGGGGGGAGCACACUGUUGAGGGUCUGGAAGAGAAUGUGAGUGUUAUAAGUGUUGUGCCAGAAUAGAAAAAGAUAAAGAUAAAUCUGGACACUAUGACGAAGCCUGGGUUCAACUUCCAAGUUAAAAUCAUUGUGCAUUAACAAAGAGAGUCUGAAAUAUACGAUAUCCAGAUGGUGCUUUUAUAUAUUACAUGCGAAAAAGUAAGAUUGAAAAGCUUGAAAUAAGGGCAAGGGUAGCUGAGUGGUGAAGGUGUUGAUCUACUGCUCAGGAGGUCACGAGUUCAAACCCCAGCACUGCCAAGCUACCAUUGCCCAACGCCUUUGAGCAAGGCCCUUAACCCUCAAUUGCUCAGAUGGAUGAAUGAGAUAAAUGUAACCUGCUCUGGAUAAGGACGUCUGCUGUAAAUGUAAAUAGUAGUAAACUUUAUAAAAUCAGCUGCUUGUUAUUAAAUUUUUUUUUCCAAGAUAUCACAAUAUCUCAGAAAUUGUAUAUUGUAUUUUCACAUCAUUUAUCGUGAUAUCGAUAUUAUAUUGAGAUAUCAGCCAGCCUUACUGGGUAAAAUUAUGUUCGCGUAAAAUCAGCUUUCAGUGACAGAUUGUAAGCGCAGUAUUAAGAAGAAAACGACAGAAUACUCAUUUAUUUCGCGAUCGUAUAAUUACACGGGAUAAAAACGUGAAGACUAGAACUGUGUUUAAGCAGGUAAAUAAACACCUCACAGUACCGUCAAGUUAUUAGUAGUCGCACAAAAGCAGAUCCAGAACAUUUUGAAUGGGGUGGCCAAGGUGGUCCAUAGAGCUAAUCGGGGGUGGCUUGUUUAAAAAGUGAUACUGCAAAGAAAUUUUGUGUGAGGUUUUUUUUUUGUUGUUUUUUUUGUUUGUUUGUUUGUUUUUUUACUUAUACACCUUAUUCAUCCAUCCAUCCAUCCAUCUUCUACCGCUUACUCCUUUUCAGGGUCACGGGGAACCCGGAGUCUAUCCCAGGGAGGAUCGGGCACAAGGCGGGGUACACCCUGGACAGGGUGCGAAUCCAUCGCAGGGCACAAUCACAUACACACUCACACCCAUUCAUACACUACGGACACUUUAGACACGCCAAUCAGACUACCAUGCAUGUCUUUGGACUGGCAGAGGAAACCGGAGUACCCGGAGGAAACCCCCGCAGCACGGGGAGAACAUGCAAACUCCACACACACACACAGGGCCACGGUGGGACUUUAUACACCUUAUUGUCCUUUAUAAAUAUAAAAUAAAAUUCAAUAAAAUAAUAAACCAAAUCUUUGCUUUCUGUCCAUUUGCCUUCUCAUUAGCUAGAGCCUGUCUGGUGUUACUGUGGAUUUGAGUUCAGAUGUCUAAUAAUUAAAAAUAAUAACCCCGC